AGCAAUUAAGUAAUUUAAUAAAGAAAAUCUAAAGAAUUCUAAACUAUCAACAAUUUAAAGUUCUUUUAAACCCUUAACAUUAAAAAAAUUGCUGACUUACAUGUCCCCAAACUCGUGGUUAAUCCUUUCCCCAAUAUCUUAGAAAAAACCCCAAAGAACACGUUUGGAAUUUUUAAUUUCCUUUUGUACUGCAGUUAACUGAGCAUACAAAAACAAAAUAUUGGCAUUCUUAACGAACACCUCCCAUCACCAUUACCACCUUCUUGGCGAGCGAGCAGUCUGUCAUCGUCAUCAGCAAGAUUUUGUGGUCACAUUUGUAGUUUUUGUUUGCUACCAUAGGAAAACCAGUGAAUGGCCAUUUUUUUUAACUAGAAAAAUAACAACAACAAGGAGAAAAGACAACAAAAAAAGCUAACAUUUUGCCAAGUUUUUUCAUAUCUAUAAGUCCUCCUUACAUACCGCACAGUUGGUUUAUAGUGGCUUCUUCGGUUAUUGAAGCCAGUAAUCAGUAUUUCAAAAUUGCACAUGGAUUGUCAAGAAAAAAUUCUUUAACACAACAAAAAAAAACACGCCCUGCAAAAUUCUCAAAAGUAAACAACAACAAAUCUCUAAGAGAGAGUCCAAAACAUCUAAAACCACGCGAGCCUACAAACAAACCAAAAAAAAAAAAAACUAAACCGGUUGGCUGAGAGCAAAGCCCAGUAAUCGAUCGCAGUCGAUAUUAUAUGAAUUGUUCAAAAGUGUGAGAGUGUGUGUGUGUGAGAGAGAGAGUAGAGGAAAAAAGAGCGAAAAUCAAUACAUUAACGAUUUUAUGCUUCAAUUAAGAAAACUGAGAGAAGAGAGGAGAGUCUUAAAUGCUAAACCCAGAAAAAGGCUUGAUGAACGAAACAAAGCUUAACCGAGGCAAAGUGGAUGAUUUAUGAAAAAACAAGUGGAGCAAAAAAGGAGGAAAAAUAAAAAAAAAACAAACGAAGAACAAAUACAAUAAAAAAAUCUAUCCUUAGUGAAAAAAUUUGAAAUUUUCAAAAUAAAAAUGUUGGUUCACUCCACCACCACCUCUUCAACCCCCACCCCGGGUUCGAGCUCUUCAACCAGCAAUACUCUGGAGCCACCCAAUACCAUAUCCACUAAUUCUUCAUCAUCACAAUUGCAUCAACAUUUGCAGCAUAAUAAUCAGUCAUCACAACAAAAUGGCCAGAAUCUACCCAACUCCUCAUCGUCCGCUUCAGGCUCAUCCUCAACACAAUCAUAUUCGCAACAGCAGCAUCUACUGCAGCAGCAGUUGCACCAACACCACCAGCAACAACAACAACUGAUGAUGCCUGGCAAUUUGAAUUCUCGUCCACCCUCACGGGCUCCUUCAAUUUUGGAUAGUCCAACAUUGGCACGUGUGGAACGUGCUCGUCUUCGUUUGGAAGCUCAGCAACAGCCUGGCUCAAUGAAUGGCAGUUGUGGCAGCAACAUUAACACAUUGAAUCGUGAUGACAGCCUGGAGCGUUCCAUAUUGGAUCCCAAGCAGAAAGAUGUACCCUGGCAUCAGGUAUGGACACAUAUGAAGCGCUUGUCCCAUGCCUCCAAAGUGAAUUCGACAACAACGCUGUGUGCCCAGAAAACCGAUAUAACAACAACGGGAAAAUCCAUAAUAUUUCCCGAUAAGACAGCCUCGCUUAAAGAUAGUCUGCGUGCCCAGCAGGUGUUCUCCAGGCCCGAUAUGCAAUCACUGUUGGCAGGACGCAUACCGGUAGCCUCGAUGACGGGUCCAAUUAAACGCGGCCUUUUAUGGCAACAACGUGAUCGUCUGUUUUCACGUUGGAAAGAAAGAUAUUUUGUUUUGACACGUGACUAUCUGCAUUGUUUUAAAAGGGCAUCAGGAUCAGCCAAUGAACGUGCCUCUGACAUGGGACAAUUUAUAUUUAAGGUCAAAUUGGUUGAUGUGGAAAAAGUUGAAUGGUUAAAUCGUCGCUCCUACAGUGCUAUUGGUCUACUAUUGGGACGCGAGGGUAGAGUAUUAUUGCGUUGCGACGAAGGCCUUGAAGAUUGGUUUGAGUUGUUGGAGGAAUGCACCAUUACCUCCAAGGAACGACGUCGAGCUUUGAAAAUAGCCCAAGGACCUCGCUCUCGCGCCUCUUUGGCCGCCCCCGUCUCACAUGCCUCACUGCAAACAAAUCACUUUGGCCUGGGUGGCACGUAUUCGAGUGCCCUGGACGAUUGGUUACUGACCAAUGGCAGUGGCAUGGGCGGAGGACGCAAUCAAAAAUUGGUAACCAAUAGCAUGUGUGGCUAUGGUGGUAAUAAUCCAUUCCUAUUUUCGGAUUCUGUGCCCGAUCUAAGUGCUCUGAAUAAUGAGAAUCAUAAUCAUGUCAGUGGCAUGUCCACCAAUCAUUCGACACCACAAAAAAUACCCUACUCUGCAGCAAGUGGCAAUAAUAGUCGAUAUUCGAAUGGUUACUCGUCUCAGAAUUCUUCAUUCUCCAACUGCAAUGGCUUGUAUGGCUCACCUAGGCGUAUAUUCAUCAACAGUAGCUUUGGUUCUACACACAUUGUCGAUGAGGAGGCCGAAGAUGGUGAGGUGGAGCUAAGACGUCCACGCAUUUUCCGUCAUUUGAGUACGGAAAAUGGUAACGAAUUGGAUCGUGAUUGGUUGUAUCGCAAGCCUAGAGCACCCACAGACAUGAGACAUUCAGUCCAACCCAUGUUGCCUACCCAUAAUAACAGCAGUUCCAGCAGCAAAUUAAUAACCACUGACUUGGACUAUUCCGCCCAUGAUAGUGGCCUUGACACCCCACCCUCCACUCAUCGUCCGUCCAGCUAUCGUGAAGGUCCUGCCCAUCACAUCAACAAUCAGCAUCAACAGGCCUCUCCCCGUGACUCUACCGAAACCUCGGUCAGCUCCUCCCGUGGCACCAUGCUCAAUUCUCCUGGCGGCAGUUUUCGUGCUAAGCAUUUGCAACAGGUGUCCAAUUUGAAUCAAGUCAAUGCCCUACAUGGUUCCCGCUAUAGUGUGCAGGAGCGUAUCCUUAAAAUACGCAACGAGGAGGAUCGUUGUGCUUCCAUUAAGUCAGGCAAUCGUGCCAAUCUAAACAGCGAAAUGUAUGAUCCCAAUCAGAAUCGUUAUUACAAGAAUGGCAAUCAAUCUCCUUCGUUGACCCCCCAGCACACUCCGGUCAAGAUGCAACACUUGCAUCCUCAUAUGAAUGGUAAUGGCAAUAACAACGGCACCCUGAAUGGCAAUGUGCCCAACGGUUCGGCCAUUUUCCGGGAACGUUAUCAACAUCCAGCUUUGGCUGCCAUUAUCAAUGAGGCUCAGGGCAUGAAGUUCAGAGAUCGUUCGUACUCGGAUUGCCAGCAAAUGCCACCCAGGCGAAAUGUCAACAACAAUCCUUCGCCCUUGACCACCAGACGUAAUCAUGUUAAUCCGAUAUUUGGCACUCCCACUCGGGUAUAGCGCCUAAAGAUUUAAACAACGGAAACGGAAAUCAUGGUCGAGACAGGAAACGGAAACAACAAAAUGCAGCAAGCACGAGUUGUGCCCUGAAAAUCUCACAACCAAGCAGAAAGGGAGAGAGAGAGAUAAAAACAAACAAUUGAAUAAAAAUACAAUUUUUAACGAUUCAAAUUUAGAGCAAAAUAAUAUGGGAAUAAAACAGGUUUAGUGAAAUAUUAUUCAAAAUACUUAGAAAAAAACACUUAAAGACAAAAACAAGAAAAUUAUUAUCUAAAUAGAAAAAAACUCAAUUGAAAUACUUAUGCUGCUGAUAUUGAUUGAUGAUAGAAACUAUAACGAUUAUACGUACAUAAGCUGCUUUUUUGAUAUAUACAAUAAUAUUUAAAUGCUAAAAAAAAAUAUUGAAAAAUUAUUUAAAAAUAAAUUAUGGAAAAAUUAUUGAAAGGCCUAUGCUAGAGAAACUAAUCUAUGCUCUAUACAUCACUUAACUGCCCCCCACAUAGCAAAGUGUAGCAAUUAAAAUUUUUGUUUAAAUAAUAUAACGAUAUGUAGUAGGGUAUACAACAGCUACAACGUAAAAGAAACAACAACAACCAACCAACUGUGAAUAUAUGAUAGAGAAGAUAGAGAAGAUAAACAUUCUUUAGGCAUUAAAUUUUCAUAUAGAAUAGAAGAAGAGAACUAGAGAGAAAAAGAAAACAAAAUUUACAAGAAUAAAACUAAAAUUCAAAUUUUGCAAAAAAAAAAUUCUGAAUUUUUGACAAUUAAAAUUUGACAAAAAAAAAAAUACUCCAAUACCACUUAAAGAAAAUAAAAAAAAAAAUAUAUUUAAUAAAAAUCUAAUAAAAUGUAAUCUUCAAAUCUAGAAAAGGCACGAUAAAAAACACCAAAUAUUAUUGUUUAAAUGUUAAUAAAAAAAUAUAUGAUUUAGUAAUAUAUAAUAAAAAAAAACAAACUAAUAUAAAUACAGAAAAAACUAAAUGAUGAAGGAGCAGCAAGUUUGUUUUUUUGUUUAAACUCUGUUUUGCUUUAAAUUGUUUUGGAAAACCAAUAUUUAGGUUUGAGUAAAUCAAAAAUAAAAAAAAUUAAAUAUUUUAGAAAUAAAUAAAAAAAAAAUAUGCAACCGGCUUUAAUUGGAAAAAAAAAUAUUUUUGAAUAAAUCUUCAAAAAUUCCUUUGAAAAUUGGAAUUUUGAUUUAAAAUGUUCUUCCUUAAAUUUUGAAUUUUCGUUAAAUGUUACAAGUUAAAAGUUCCCGUUAAAGAUUUCCAACUGGCUUUAAGUUAAAGUUCUAAGAUAAAAGUUCCGUUUCAUUUUUUAAUUCUUCCAAAAAUUUUUGAAUUUCUGUUAUAAAGCUAAAAAAAACCCUCGAGGUUUACAAGCUGCCCUUAAAAAUACAGAAUUUGUAGGAAAGUUCUAAAAGACCCCUUAAUAUUGUCAAAAUCUCGUUAUAAUUUAUUUUUUAUCAUAAUUUUGAAUUAUCCAUUUUUCACUACACCAUUAAAAAAAUCCCGAAUUAGAAAAACCUAUUUAAAUUUUUAGUCAAUCCAUUGUUAAAAAUAUUAGCCUUUUUACAACAACAAGAAAUUCAUUAUCUACUACAACUUCUACUACUACAACUAUAACAACUAUAUUUUAAAUUAGCCUAAACAAUAUAAAUUUUUAUUUUAACUAUGGCCUAUGUUAUCUAUGUGGUUAACGAAACGAA